UGUCUGAAAGCAGACCGAGUGCCGCGUGGAUCUCUCCUCAAAAGCUUGAGUGUCUGAGGAAAGAGAACGUCAGCGUUUGUGAAUCAGAUUCCACGGAAUACAAAACCCUCCAAGAAUUCCAAGCUCGGAGAAGAAAGAACAAUGUCAAGUGCAAUCACAAGACGAAGCUCCAGCAAGCAAGGCUUGCAGAACCUUCUGAGAGUGACGGCUCAGCGAAGUAUCGAAGAUGCCGAGGAGAUCGAGAGAGAAAGGCGACGCCGAGCCCGGGAGGCCUUCCGCAAUCAACAAAGCCUGUCUGGAUCCGCCAGUUCCCCUCAGGACAGUGUAAACCCACCUGAGACCGGCCUCUAUGAAAGGGACUUCAAACCUAGCAGUCCGACUGCUGUGGAUGAGGAUGAAGGUUUUAGUGACUGGACCCAGAAGCUGGAACGGAGAACAAGGUCUAGAAUGGCUGAAAACGGCAGUGGAGAACAGUUACAACAGGAGGAGAAAGACGUGAGAGAGAGAUCUAGGCAAAACGACAAAAGCUUCAACACUUCCAUACAGUAUCAGCAAAUACAGGACAGAGAGGACGAGGAGAAAAGACCAGAGAUGAGGAGGAGCGCUGAGAGGGUGAGCAGCCCGAAACCAGAGGAAUGGCAUGACGACAGCAAAAGAACAGGAAAUAAACAACAGGAAAUAAAACCACAGAUGGAGAACAAGAUUAAAGAGGAGAGGAAGGAGGUGAAGGUGUCAUACAUGUCGAAAGUCUUCCUACAGCAAGACAGAAUGCCCAAUGGCAAUGGAGAGGCAGCUGCAGAGGAAAUGACAUCACAUCUGGUCAGAACCAAAAGAUCACCCAGCAGGACUGUAGAUGCAGAUCAGAUCCCUGAGACUAAGAAGGAUAUGCAGGCUGGUCUGGAGACCGAGCUGAAGCUUGAGAAGAUCAGACGUAGCCACCAGGAGAAGGAGAGCCAGGAAAUGGAGCACCUACGGCAGCGUCAGGCCGAGGCUGAGCUGGAGCUGGAGGAGCUGAAGAAGAAGAGAGAAGAACGACGCAAGGCUCGUGAAGAGGAGGAUCGGAAGAGAGAGGAAGAGGAACAGCAGAAACUUGCCAAGAAAGAGGAGGACAAGAGACAGAUGAAGGAGGACAUUGAGAGGAGGAGGAUGGAAGCAGCUGAGAAGAGAAUGAAGAAUCUCAACAUCACACCUACAGAUGGCGAUGAUCCAUUUAACCCUCUAAACCCCAUAAGUCCAACUUUCAAGAUCACAGAGAGAACUGAAUCCUUGAAUCGAUCUUUAAAGAAGAGUAACAGUUUCAAGAAGACCCAGAGACCUGUUCUUCUGCCCAAGAUUGAUGACAAACUGGAACAAUACACUCAUGCAAUUGAGAUCUCCUCUAAAGACGCAAAAUUGACUAAGUCUGCGACAGUGGACGUGCCCGGUUUCUCUGCGGUGGCCUCUAAGAAAAACCUGUUUGAAGCAGGAGAGGCCUGGAGUCAAAGCAGCCCGAAAGGAUCGCCUCUGAAGGAGACAGACUGCGUGAAAGUGGGUGUAUCGAACCUGAUUAACCAAUGGGUGAAAGGAAGUCCUGAAGGCGGGAACAGACACUCCCUUUCCACACCAUCUGAUGUUAAACCUGGAGAUGUUCUGCAGAAAAAGAACAUGUGGGAAAUUAUUGGAGAAUGUUCUACAGGAGAGAGGUCAGGACUGGGAGGAAAGGGCUCCUCUUCAAGUAAACGGUACAAGUUUGUUGUGACAGGCCACGGAAAAUACGAGAAGAUUUCCACUGAGGGUGAUUAUUACAGUGUCUACCCGAAUGGAAAAACAAGUGAUUUUUCCAGCGAUCACUUGUGAGGAAUUUCUUUCCUGAUUCACCAAGAACACAUUAAUUGACAUAUAUGUAGUACAAUAUUUCUAUCAACUUUUCAAAACAUAUGGAAGUAACAAUUAGAAUGACAUUGUUUGUGUUGUUUUUUUUUUAUGAUGGUUCCAUUUUUGACUGUUCUAAUGGCAUGGCUUUGAUAUGUUUUUCUACAAUCUAUUUGUCACACACACACACACAUAUAUAUAUACACAUGUAUCAUUCUCAGAAAUCUGACUGAUUGCAACAGAAUAUAAAGUUUUAGUCUCUUUUAGUCUUCCGCAGUAUCGCCUGCAGUAUUUGUGCUGAUAUUAUGCCCACUUUUAACUUCUUCUAAUGUACUUCUAAAGUAUGAGUAUAAACUGAAUGUGAAUGUCAAAUAGAACAAAGUCAUGACUUUUGUUAACUGUUUUUAUAUUGAUUAUCUAUGCUAUUUUUAUACUAUGGCACAUUGUUUGAUUUAUAUAGACUUGAAUAGAUGAACUGUAGAAUAAUCCAAAAACAUAUUUCAACAUUCCUGCAGCUUAUUCUUAUUCAUUUUAAGCCACAACCAAUGUUUUACUGUCAUAUUUUAUUACAAAUAUGACACCGAUUUACUUACCUCUCAGCUCUUGUUAUUCAUAGUUUUGCAUAAAGCAUAAUUGACUACACUUUUUGGUUUUCAUGAAAACACUGGAAUUACUCCAUUUAUCAUAUUUAUAAUACUAAAAUAAACAUGUUUGUUUAGGUAUGAGCAUUUUGCUACCCAAUGGUGUUAAGAAUGGUUAAAAUGAGAAUGUCAUUUAUAGGCAAUUGCAGCUUUUAUUUUCAAUAAAUUUGAUAUUUUGUAUGAUUCUUAA